UUGUUAGUGGAAAGCUCAAAGCUCCAUGCUCAGCGUGCCAAGCCCAUGAAGUUUAAGGAUGGAUACAUGAUUUCUCUUGGGCAACCCGUUAAAGAGUACAUUGAUGCAGCUGUUAGGCAUGUUCUUCUUAGGCAGGGUGUGCUCGGUAUCAAAGUCAAGAUCAUGCUAGACUGGAGUAAACAAGGGCGUAUGACUCCAUCGCCAGAUCUGAUGACUAUUCAUCAACCCAAGGAGGAAGAAGAAUAUGCCGCUCUUAUGGUAGCUGCUCCUGCAAUUGAGGUUCCUGUGGCAUAAAAAACUCUGGCUGGUACUUCUAAUUAUUUUCCUAUUUCACAGCCGGAAUACUAGAUUACAUAGUGAACCAAUUUGCUUUGUAGUUUUUGUUAAGUAAGAUACUAAUUAUACCAAUUUUGUUCAUUUUCUUUUUCCGAUCUGUUGACUUUACGCCGAAACUGUUUUUAUAUAUGUUCACCUUUAUUUCUUGU